AUGGACCAUAUAUCUCCCAAAUCACAGUAUCAGACACUCGUGACUCAAGAUGACUUCAGAUUCGAGAAUGACAUUCCCCUCGAGACUCGACACCAGCCCACGCCACGGCAUGAAACAUUGCAGAAAAGGGCGACAGUCAUCCAGGGAAAGAAGACAAGCGGCCACAGAAUCAUCUUCCGCUCCACGGCCCCGAUUGUCAUUCCAAUGCUAGGUCUUGGGGCACUUGCGCUGGGCUUGGUGUUGGCUCAUGAGGUGCAACAGGAUCCAGAUCAAUCCUCGGCGGGCACACUUUUGUUCGACCAAGCAUCAGAACUUGACUCCGACUCCUAUUAUGUUGACUUCAAUCCCACUACUUUGGUAACCAUAGCAUCCUGGUCGAGCACCGUUGCGCCGUUGUUGACAAUUUGUGCCAUGGCUUUGGCCUCGUACCCGAUUGUCAAUCAAUUGAAGGCCAAUUCGCAAAUGGCUGGCUCCGAUCUUCCGACGCCGUUCCAACUCAGCAUGCUUCUGGAAACGCUGACAGGAGAAAUCACAGCUCUCUUUAGCCUGGUUGCUUAUCGUAGUUGGUCGCACACGGAGAAAAUAACGCCCCACGUCCGUACUGUGCUCAUUCUUUUGACAGUCUUCACUGCCCUGGGGUAUGCCAUUGCCGGAGUGGACACUUGGUUGCACUUGGUCAUGGAAGCCGUCAACGUGGAGUUGGCGGAUACAAGGGUCCCAGCGGAGGCUCUGGGGCGCGGGCUCCCAGCCGGCCCAUGUUCCAACCAGACCGCGGACAAUUUUGAUGCCGGCGAAUGCAUUAUCACCUCCGGAACCAACGUGUUCCUGAUCGGUGCCAAUGAGGCAGCCAGAGUGAUGGGCAAUACCUCUACGACCAACCCUGUCCACGAUGUUAUCAUCGACGGCAAACAUAUGGCUUAUUUAGGCCCUGCUCAAAAUCCUGUGGGUCCCGAUUAUCGCGCAGAGGCAUUGGCUAUGUACACCCAAUGUUCCCAAAUCGGCCGCCACUGUGAUCUCCACACCGAAGCGGGCUCCUUGUUACCAUUCCAGUGCACUGACGCAUUCUACGGUGAUUUGGGUAUACCGAACAUAAAUGGAGAAGAGGCCGACGGCGUGACCGGCCUUGCACUCCGUAGCGCCGGCAUCGUCUUCUAUCAAGAUACGGCCUUGACGCAAUUAGCCAAUCUCUCUUCUGGCUCGGGCUCAGGUGAAAGCUUCCUCACUCGGGCCGCUAAUCCGCACUACAUUGGUGUGUGGGCGAAAGUCGAACUCCCGGCGACCGAGCGGCAAACGGCUGAUGGCAAUGUCGUUGUUCCAGGUCAUGGUGGCGCAAGCUGGAUCCUGAACUGCUCCGCAGCCGCCUACCAAAUCAAGCACGACAACAUCAAUGGCAGCAUUCAGCAUGCUACAGCGGAGAUGGCGAAUGGUUCGGUAGGGACAAUUCUCAACGCAGCCAACUAUUACGGCUUUGGAAAGGUUGCCCUUGAAACGGCGGCGUAUGCGGCAUCUCAGUACAACGACACUCAAAAAAUGGCAGAUUCGUGGGCGAUGGCGUAUUCGAGCGCUGCUAUCGCCCUAAGUUCCGGUAUUAUGGCAGGAAGAACCGAUCUGGAGGAACAGCAACGCAGCACGAAGCUCGUGAGUCGUGUGCCGAAAGCUCCCCUUUAUACGUUGGUGUGUUUAAACACGAUUUAUGCCAUGCUUGGCAUUGUCCUCGCCGUGUUGGCAUGGCGCUCGAAUCCCUCCGACACCAAUGAGCUGCGUGAACGCCUAAGCACGUCCGGUCUGGUAGCAGCUUUGUUUGAGGGCGAUAGAGCAGAGAAGCCGAUUGACCAAAAGCGGGAGAUGUUUGCGGGUGAAAUCCGGGAGGGUGGGAGUCGAAGAGAGCGUGAGGCAUGGAGGAUAUGUGUUUAG